GAGCAUGUACACUGACGUUAUAACAACUUCCUUUUUCAUGGCGAAUCAUCGAUUUUCAACGCCAUGGCACGUUGUGAAGUUUGAUGAAACCUUACAGGUGAACUGAACCUGAUGGAACCUGUAAAUCACAAAAAAUGACCAUUAAAUCCAACAUGGCCGACUUCCUGUUGGCUGUAGGGCAUUGCUCCCAGAAGCUUCUUGUAGGUGUGGACAUGAUACAUCUUCCACAAAGAUUUUGUAAAUUUCGGAGAAACGUGGCUGCUCUGUAGGGGGCGCUAACGAGCCAUUUUGCCACGCCCAUGCACGAAAACACAGGACAUGGAGAUUUUCAUGGGAUUUAAAUUUUGUCCAAAGUUUGGUGAGUUUUCGUUUAGUGUCUCAUUAGCAGAAAGAAAGAAAAAGAAUUCCUUCAGAUUGAACAGGGUGAAACAUUAAAACAGAACCACAGAAAGUAGAACCUACUGUGUACUGUGUAGUACUACUGUGUACUACAGUUGUGAUGGCAGCACGUAUGUUCGCUCCUAGCAGAGAUAAGUAAACCUCUGGCAGGAUGGACUUGGACCCCCACCUGUCCUCCUACCUGGAUCUAGUCAAUCAUUAAUGUUUCCAGUCAGACAGGAAGUGUUCAGGUCCACGCGGAUUCCACAGACAGAGGUGUGGGGGAGCCAGGUGUGUUUGCUGCUGUGGCGUUAAUGAAAGCAGGUGUUUGUAGCUGACUAACGGGCCGACAGCUGUUACCUGUGUUUGUUGUGAGACAGGUGGAAGGAGAGGCGAGAAUGGGAAGAGGGGCCAACUGUAGCUGGAUCGGGCCUGAGAUCCCUCUGUCAUCACAGAUCUUCAGCGCCAUUAAAGACGAGCUGUGGCUCUUCCUCAUCCCGGCCGGUCUGGCACUCAUUUUGCUGGGCGUGUUCCUGGAAGAGGUGGGCUUCCUUCUGCGCCACAGCCCCUCGUCCAGACGCCGGCGCCUCUACCUGUGGAUAUUAGGAAUGUACCCGGUCUUCAUCUUCACCUCCCUCAUAGCGCUGUAUGUGCCGCGUUCGUCCUCGCUCUGUAAUUUCAUCGCUUCACUGUAUCACUCCAUCACCCUGCUGAAGUUCAUGGGUCUGAUCACUGACUUCUUUGGAGGGAAAGCUCGUAUGUUGGCUGCCUUGUCUGGACAGCAGGUAUCUCCAGAUCCUUUCCCCUGCUGCUGCUGCUGCUGUCUCCCUCUGGUGGCCAUCAACAGCAGCAGCCGGGGCUGGAUGAUGGCGGCUGUGCUGCAGCUCUCUGUUGUCCGCAGCGUCCUCUUCUUUGUCACCCUGGUUCUGUGGACGGAUGAACAGUACGACUACGGUGAUGUGGAUUCAGUGAACCCUAACCUGUACGUGAACGCUAUCAUCGGUGUGUCCACCUUCGUGUCCUUCUACGGCCACCUGCUGUUCUACAAAGCCACUAAGAGGGCUCUACCCGGAUAUGGACUGAGGGCCAAGUUCGUCUGCGUCAUCGUGGUGCUGGUGCUGUGUGGCCUGCAGAGCAGCAUCUUAGAGACCAUGGGGGCUCUGGAGGUCAUCCCCUGCACGCCCCCCUUCUCCGUCCUGACCAGGUCCCAGUAUUGCAGAGUGGCCUGUAAGAUGUCCUGGGAUGAGUUGGAGGCCCUGUGUCGCAGAGAGAGGCUCCACUGCAAACAGCUCGGGGUCAACAGGGCCAACGUCAAUGACUAUGAGGUGGAGUUCCUCUGUGACUACAAGAAGACCAAGGUGGAGGAGUUCUACCUGGUGAAGUGGAAGGGCUUCCCAGAGUCAGACAACAGCUGGGAACCCAAGAGGAACCUCAAAUGCCCCAAACUGAUGAAGCAGUUCCACCUGGACCUGGACCAGGAGCUGAGGCGCCACAAGAGACGGGGCACCCCUAAAAAGCUGGAUAAGGAAGUUGCCUUGUUCCUUGUCCAGAAAGCCAAACUCCGUCUGAGUCUGCAGCGCUGGGAGGCACAUUUGAACCAGACCCGCAACCACCCAGGUCGCAUUUUUGUCAUGAACGAAGUGGACUUCGAGGGCCCCCCGAAGAACUUCACUUACAUCAACAACUACAAGGUGGGCCAGGGCAUCGUGCUGGAUGAGAUGGCUGUGGGCUGCGAGUGCAAGAACUGCUUAGAGGAGCCGGUGAACGGCUGCUGCCCCGGGGCCUCGCUGCACCGCAUGGCCUACACCGACAGGGGGCAGGUCCGCAUCCGGCCGGGGCAGCCCAUAUACGAGUGCAACUCCCAGUGCAGCUGUGGCAGCGACUGCCCCAACAGAGUGGUGCAGAAGGGCAUCCAGUUCGACCUGUGCAUCUUUAAAACGGAGAACGGCCGGGGCUGGGGCGUCCGCACGCUGCAGCACAUCAAGAAGAACACCUUUGUCAUGGAGUACGUGGGAGAGAUCAUUACAACUGAUGAAGCAGAAAGGCGGGGCCACGUGUACGACUGCCAGGGCUCCACCUACCUGUUCGAUCUGGACUACGUGGAGGACGUGUACACGGUGGACGCAGCUCAUCAAGGAAACGUCUCCCACUUCGUCAACCACAGUUGUAACCCCAACCUGCAGGUCUAUAACGUGUUCAUCGACAACAUCGACGAGCGGCUGCCGAGAAUCGCUCUGUUUUCAACGCGGGCCAUUCGGGCAGGAGAGGAGCUCACCUUUGACUACAAGAUGCAAAUUGAUCCGGUCGACACAGAAAGCACCAAAAUGGACUCCAGUUUUAGUCUAGCUGUCCUCCCCGGCUCUCCGAAGAAGAGGGUUCGAGUGGAGUGUCGGUGUGGAUCGGACUCGUGUCGAAAGUACCUGUUCUGAUGGGGGACUGCCAGGAACAGCGUUGUUUGUGUAAACAUGUGGAACAUUGUACAGAUUUGUAUAUGAAUUUUUUAUUUUCUGAAAUUCACGUUUUUAUAUGUGAACAUGACAAAGUCUUCAAGCUGCAGACCACAGACGGGUCAUUUUAAAUCUGUGUCCACUAGAAGCUGAGAUUAGGAGCAGUGUGCUGUUUGGGUGCUUGGUGUGUGGGACAGGUAUUGAUCACUGGUACACCAUCAUUGGGUUUUAUCACAGCAUCAGUUUGUGCUUCGCUUCUACCAGAGACCUCAGCAGGUUAACAGAUCUGGGAUCUGAGAGCCCAGACCGCCAACAAGUUCCUCAAACAUCCACUUCCUGCUUCGCCUGCUGGACUCUAGUGUGACGAGCGAAGCGGCAGUACCUGACUCUGUUUUAUAAAUAAUCUGCGUAACCGGACCUCAGGUCAGACCUGUGUACCUGUGAUGGAGGUCAGAGGUCAUUCAGAGUUGGAACACCAACACACAAUGCUCCUCUGCACUUCCAUCUGAUGAAAUGAUUGCAGAGGACUAACGGGCCCUCAGGGUGCCAGUGCUGGGUUCUGGUACUGCAGUUGGUGUUACCCUGCAGACACAUCUGAGUUCACAUGGGUUGUUAAUCUUUCUCUAAAUUGAGAUUUUAUAGUUGAAUGUGUACUUUGUAGUGCUUUUUGUUUCUUUUACCUCUGGUCAUCGUGCUCCUGAUGCUCGGUGGGUUUAACACUGCGGCCUCCUGCUGGCGUCCGCGGCCUCUCUGAGCUCAGUGAGCUGAAAUCUGCUCAGUUAUCAGCAGUUCAUCUCACAGAGACCACAGACCUUCCCUCUUCCAGGACCUUCUGCACUCAGCUGAUCACCUGUGACAGCCAGGUGUUUAACAGGAACUCGGAUCACCUCCACCACAGUCUGAAGCAGCUUACUAUGCAAUGACCCUGAACCUGUAGACAAGCUGCAGGGAGGUAGUGACCCUCAGCUGAUCUGUAGCGUCUCAGCAAACUACUCCUCCUUCUGGCUUUCUAACAAAGAAAAGUCAGGACUUGGCGGCGAGACGGUCCCUGUAGUGGUGACUUUAACUUCCUGUGGUGGUCCAACAGCUGGUGGUCCUCAGUGUGUUUAAACUUGUGUAGUGCUUCAGCGUGGAGAACAGACACUGUGUCAAUAAAUGAUGAACUGGU